UAGCUCGCGGAAGCGAGAGCCCGAGGCUGCAGGUGCCGGGUCCCAAGGCAUGGCGGGGGCGGGGCCGGGGCUGGCGCGCGCCCAGCAGGCCGGGGUGUCCCUUGCCCCGGCCCUUUGAUCCCGGACCGGACAGAGAUGUGAUAAUGGAUCAUCAUGUUUCCACCAUCAAACCUCGAAGAAUCCAAAACCAAAAUGUCAUUCACCGCCUGGAGCGCCGGCGGAUCAGCUCGGGCAAGGCAGGCACCCACUGGCACCAGGUCCGGGUCUUCCACCAGAAUGUCUUCCCCAACUUCACGGUCGUCAAUGUGGAGAAGCCGCCUUGCUUCUUGCGGAAGUUCUCCCCCGACGGACGCUACUUCAUUGCUUUCUCUUCCGACCAGACGUCUCUGGAAAUCUAUGAGUACCAGGGCUGCCAGGCCGCCGAGGACCUCCUGCAGGGCUACGAGGGGGAGAUUCUGGCCAACGGCAACGACCAGCGGUCCGUCAACAUCCGCGGCCGGCUCUUCGAGCGCUUCUUUGUCCUGCUGCACAUCACCAGCGUCGCGGCCAACGGCGAGCACCUGAACCGAGAGUGCAGCCUCUUCACGGACGACUGCCGCUGCGUCAUCGUGGGCUCCGCCGCCUACCUGCCGGACGAGCCGCACCCCCCCUUCUACGAGGUGUACCGCAACAGCGAGUCCGUGACCCCCAACCCCCGGUCCCCCCUGGAGGACUACUCCCUCCACAUCGUUGACCUCCACACCGGCCGCCUGUGUGACACGCGCACCUUCAAGUGCGACAAGGUGGUCCUGUCGCACAACCAGGGGCUGUACCUGUAUAAGAACAUCCUGGCCAUCCUGUCGGUGCAGCAGCAGACCAUCCACGUCUUCCAGGUGACCCCCGAGGGCACCUUCAUCGACGUGAGGACCAUCGGCCGCUUCUGCUACGAGGACGACCUGCUCACCGUGUCGGCUAUGUUCCCCGAGGUGCAGCGGGACAGCCAGACAGGCAUGGCCAACCCGUUCAGGGACCCCUUCAUCAACUCCCUAAAACACCGGCUGCUGGUGUACCUGUGGCGCCGGGCAGAGCAGGACGGAAGCGCCAUGGCCAAGAGGCGCUUCUUUCAAUAUUUUGACCAGCUGCGGCAGCUGCGCAUGUGGAAGAUGCAGCUUCUGGAUGAAAACCACCUGUUUAUCAAGUACACCAGUGAGGACGUGGUGACCCUGCGAGUCACAGAUCCGUCGCAGGCAUCUUUCUUUGUGGUGUACAACAUGGUCACAACAGAGGUGAUCGCCGUGUUUGAGAACACGUCAGAUGAGCUUUUGGAGCUCUUUGAGAACUUCUGUGAUCUCUUCCGGAACGCUACCCUGCAUAGUGAAGUCCAGUUUCCCUGCUCAGCUUCCAGCAACAAUUUUGCACGGCAGAUCCAGCGCCGGUUUAAAGACACUAUCGUCAACGCCAAGUACGGAGGACACACGGAGGCCGUCCGCCGGCUGCUGGGCCAGCUCCCCAUCAGCGCCCAGUCCUACAGCGGCAGCCCCUACCUUGACCUGUCUCUCUUUAGCUACGAUGACAAGUGGGUGUCGGUCAUGGAGCGACCCAAGACUUGCGGAGACCACCCUAUCAGGUUCUAUGCCCGGGACUCUGGUCUGCUCAAGUUUGAGAUUCAGGCAGGCUUACUGGGCCGCCCCAUCAACCACACGGUGCGACGCCUCGUUGCCUUCACCUUCCACCCUUUCGAGCCUUUUGCCAUCUCCGUGCAGAGGACUAAUGCCGAGUAUGUCGUCAACUUCCACAUGCGACACUGCUGCACGUAGGUGCCUCACGGAGCCGGCUGCUCUGGUCUUCAAGCCUCUGGCCCGCCCACCCCGCCGCCCCAUCACGUCUCAGUGGGCUGUGAAGCAGAAGCUCCUGACGCCCAGCCUUGGAGUCCCAGGCUGUACCUCCGGUGUGGAGAGCUGGAGACAGGAGGAAAGAGGUGUGAGGGUGGCUCGGCCCUGAACACAACACAACUACUGAUCAAUCGACUUAAAAGUCCUCUUGCCUUUUCCCUGUGGGAAUGCCCAGCAUUAAGUCCAUUUAAUUUUUUGUCUUAUUUUGCAUUUUUUUGCUAUGAAGAUGAGAGCAUUACACCUCUGCCCCCUUCGUGUCACUUCUUUGGCAUUACAAUAUGCAGCCUGCAGCAGGAAACUCUUGUUUACUCAUGAGAACUCUGUACAUCCUUUCAAUUAGCCAACAGCAGGGCUGUCUUUAUAAGGAAAAAAAAAAAUAAAGCAUUGGUAUUUUCUUAAAUA